AUGUCGAUACUAGGAGGCAAGCCUGUCGGGUUUCGCUGCUCGUAUCCCUUCUCCAGCUUCUUCCGUCCACGGCAGUGUACGCAGCUGCGAAAGAGCUUCACCUCGGCCGCUGCACGGCAGCAGAGAGCAGCCAGGGAUGGUGACAACGUGUGGGAGCUGAAACACAACGACCGGGACUACUGGGAGGGCUACCUGUCCACCCGCCCAACCUACAGCGAGGACUUCUACGAGCGCAUCUACCGGUACCAUGCCUCGCACGCUGGGCCGUCUUCGUCCUCGUUCUCAGUUGUGCACGACGUAGGCGCCGGGCCAGGCCAGGUUUCCGCCCAGCUGGCCCGCCGGUUCUCCCAUGUCGUCGUGAGCGAUACCAGCGAGAACCAUCUCGACUAUGCCCGCCACUCCCUUUCCUCCAUGGACGGCAUCCCAGCAUCGCGAUUCGCGUACUGCGUAUCGACGGGCGAAGAGCUCAGCUCCAAGUUCCCGCCUUCGUCCGCCGAUCUUAUCGUCUGUCCGCUGAUGUUCCCGCUGAUGGACACCAAGGCCGGCCUGGAGAGCUUUCAAGCCCUGCUCAAACCAAACGGGACUCUCGCCAUCUGGUUCUACAGCCGUGCCCAUUUCGCGGAGCCAGAGUAUGCGCGGGCCUGCCAGCCGUUGCUGGACCGGAUCAUCAACCACCACUAUGCAGGAGAGAUCCAGGGCAGCGGGCCGCAGCACUCCGCCAAGUGGAAGCCCGUGGCAGACGGGAUAGCGAGCUGGCUGGACAAUGUCCCGUUCGUGGAAGAAAACUGGCACUCCGUCGAGCGGUGGAAGUGGAACAAGAGCUGGACGGAGAUGGGCUUCUUCACCCAGGCCGCAUGCGACUUCAAGCUGGAACCGACGAGCAGCGUUGGGGCGAAGGACAAGGUCUUUGAGAUCGAGGAUAGAAAUCUCUGGCGGAAGGACUGGGACGUAUCCCAGCUCCGCAAGUUUGUAGGCCAUCUCUUUCCUUUCGCACACAUGGAUGAGAAGCCGGUGGAACAGACAUGGACGGAUCUGACCCGAGAGAUGGGCGGCGCCCAAGCCCGGAGAGCGUUCUCAUGGCCGCUGGUUCUUAUACUAGUAUCGAAGAAUUGA